GCGAUUCGAGCCGAAAUAGUGCAGAGUGUGGUGUAUAUACCUACGCUGUCGUAGAGUCUCUAGGUAAGACUGGUAAGUACUCGUAAUGCAUAGCGUCAGCUGUUUUAAUAAAUUUAAGCAGAUGUCGCCUAAGGGUGGCCGACAGAACUUCAAAGCACCGAGCAGAGCGGCCUACCAGAGCAGCGGGAAAGCGGCGAUAUUCGGAAAUAGUGAAGUUCGUGUCAGAUUGUUGUCGGAAAAAACUAUAUAUUAAUAUUCACAUUUCACAAUCACAUUAUUUUCAGAAAUUUUUGAGGUUUGUUGUCUUGCAAAACGUUCUUCCAAAUGGGAUUACGUUAACAUCCUCAAAAAAAUAUGCUUAUCUUGUGAUAAAUGAGAUAAAGGCACAAUAACGCAGCGUGACUGCACUGUUGUUGUUCCAUUAAGUGGAGAAUUGCAAUCAUGAGUCUCUUGCCGGAUUCUAUCAGGCGGCUGCAGAAUGCAGAAGAGCUUUUGUCCACUUUCCGAUCUCUCAGCGUAUGCAAUGUUUGUUUGUUGCGGAUUGCCGGGGAAACGAGCCCACACCGAAUACGAGACUCCGAUCAGUUGUUGAUGGCUCUGGCUGGCGCUGAUGGGCUGGACGUGAAACCGCUGGACGUGAAACCGUUAGGUGAAGCACCUUGUCCUUGCUGCUUCAGUGUACUGCAGUCUGAUUUCUGCAGUGAAGAAUUCCUGAAGAAAGUAAUAGACUUCGUCAAAACCAGCGGAUAUACUAUGAACACAUUUUGGUGUUCGCUCACAUUACCAAACGCUGCGGAUAUUCGGAUGCGCGCGUUUGACGAACACUGGGACCAGACUUGUAUGGACAACAGCGACGCCCGGGUUCGCAGCCGGUUGUCCGUAAAAGACGCCUGGAAGGCCAUAGUCACCCCGGUUUUAUCCAGUGCCUUCGCUGCAAAGUGGAUAGGACACGAAGGGUUGGAGAUCAAUUUGCAAAUCGACCAUCCUGAGAUGGACGACGAGUGUGAUCCCCUUAUAAGUCAUUUUCCGAAAUCUUUCCAAGAAAAGCGUGGUCCGGAUGGAAAAAUGAAGCGAGUGGUCACCCGACAUGCUCUGGAGAACUUGUUGAAAACCGUUUCUUCCAGUGAAUUUAAAGACCUUGUAAAAUUUCCCCCGAAGCCACUCAGUCAACCGGCAACUUUGACUGCUAUAACUUGUCUUCCUUGCCCGGUGUAUGUUGGCGGGCGAUAUCUCAAGUAUUCGCGGAAUAUCAGUCAGACGCCGUGGUUUAUCGAAGAAGAGCGGAAGGGUGAUAUUUCCGUGGAAGAACUUAUCUGCCGGAAAAUCUGUGAUAAAUUCGAAGCUCAGAGCUGGCGUUUUAUGACCUCGGGACGCGAAGAUAUCGAUGUAAAGUGUUUGGGCGAUGGUCGGCCGUUUGGAGUCGAAUUGAUCGGCGCAAAAAUUGCUGCAGCAUCCGAAACGGAUAUGCAAAAUCUAGAAGACGAUAUCAAUUUAAAUACGGACAUUGCAGUGCGAUAUUUGGAAGUAGUCUCGCGCAGUGAUAUGCAGAUUAUUAAAAAGGGGGAGGAAGAGAAAACAAAGACAUAUGUUGCGCGAUGCCAGGUGGAUCGUGUGGUCACGGAACAAGAUAUUGCUUUGCUAAAUAGUCACCAAGAGUUGUCCAUUAAGCAAAAAACUCCCGUGCGGGUUCUGCAUCGACGAGCCAACACCGAACGAAGGAAAGUGAUACAUACACUGAGCGCAAAAUUGCUGGAUAGUACUGGUCAGUUUCGGCUGCUCUUGAAGACGCAAGCUGGGACAUACAUCAAAGAAUUCAUACACGGAGAUUUUGGUCGAACGGAGCCGAGUAUCAGUUCGUUGUUGGGUCAGGAAACGGAGUGCGAAGAGUUAGAUGUAACGGCUGUGGAUUUGGUGUGGCCUCCAUCUAGGCAGAUGAUUCAGUAGUUUGUUUUACAAAUUUUCUCAGUUGGGAUUUACUAGUUGGAAUUAUUUUCCACAUUAAUUACUGUCACGGUGCCACCGUAAGAAUGCAUGCAUAAACAAUCAUGCGUUUUAUAUUAUGAUUUCCUGUUACGGUUACGCUGAAUGAAUUAUUUGUAAUACUGUCGAAGUAUAGACUUAGCGGCAUUUUGAAGGAUAAAUUCUAGCGUACAUAGUCGUAUAUUUUAUAUGAACCGAGAUAAU